AUGGAGAAGGCUGUGAGCAAUCUGAGCGCCAUCGUGCCAGCCUCGCGGCUCACGCCGGCCUUCCCGCCCGCCGUCAAGGUGGGCCUGACGACCCUCUACACGGCCUUGUACGCCUUGCUUUUCUUCUCGGUCUACGCCCAGCUCUGGCUGGUGCUCCUCUACCGCCACAAAAAGUUCAGCUACCAGACUGUCUUCCUCUUCCUCUGCCUCUUCUGGGCCGCCCUGCGCACCACCCUCUUCUCCUUCUACUUCCGGAACACCCUCAAGGCCAACCGCUUGCACCCCUUCUUCUUCUGGCUGCUGUAUUGCUGCCCUGUCUGCCUCCAGUUCUUCACCUUGACCCUCAUGAAUCUCUAUUUUGCCCAGGUGGUUUUCAAAGCCAAAGCGAAGUAUCGUCCUGAAUUGAUCAAAGGCCUGUUGCUGGUGCGAGGGGUGUGCUUCGGGGCCAGCGUCCUCUUCCUGGCGGUGAACGUGGCGUGCGCCGUGCUGGUGCGGGCACGCCAGGCGGAACCCUGGGCGGUGGUCCUGGCACGCGUUCUCAUCAGCGACUCGCUCUUUGUGCUGGGAGCUGUCUCCCUCGCCCUCUGCCUCUUCCUCGUGGCCCGUGGCUCUCCCUCAACACGCAUCUACCUGGAAGCCAAGGGCACCACCCUAUGCCAGACGGCGGCCAUGGGAGGCACAAUCGUCCUGCUCUACGCCAGCCGCGCCUGCUACAACCUGGCUGCCUUGGCGCUCUCCUCCCGCACCCGGCUAGACUCCUUCGAUUACGACUGGUACAACGUCUCCGACCAGGCUGACCUAAUAACAGAUCUCGGGGAUCAAGGUUACAUCGUCUUUGGGCUCAUCCUCUUCGUUUGGGAGUUACUGCCCACCACGCUGCUGGUGGGCUUUUUCCGGGUGCAUCGGCCGGCGCAGGAUACGAGUGCCAGCCGUGUCUUCCAUCGGCAGCUUGGGGUCUCCCGUUCUUAUUUCUUCGACUAUCCUGGGCAGCGUGAAAACGAAGGACUGACCAGCAGCCUGACCGGGCGAUCCAGCAACGGGAGCUACUACGGCUCGAUCAAUCGUAGCGGGGAGCACGACUGGUUCGGGGGCCACCCACCCACCGCCCCCCUCCUGUUCUCACAGGCUGCGGUCUCCGGCAGCCACCACCAUAGCCUUUACUCCACCCCGCAGAACUGAGACAUGGAUG